UUUUUAGGUUUUUGGCAGACGGAUGAGGACACCAUUUGUGGCAACAUGGCGAGUUUUUGUGGCGCACCUGAGGAAAUAUCAAUGGAAAAUCGAGAGUGUUUAGUAACUGACCAAGAUACCGGGCUUCAGGGUGCCGUCCCCGUUAAAAAGGCAGUAUGUCUUAUCGUUCUGGGGAUGGCGGGUUCCGGAAAAACUACCUUCGUUCAGAGGUUAACAGCUUAUCUUCACUCUCUGAAAUCUCCUCCGUAUGUUAUCAACUUGGACCCCGCUGUACAGCAUGUUCCAUUCCCUGCAAACAUCGACAUUAGAGACACUGUAAACUACAAGGAAGUGAUGAAGCAAUAUUGCCUUGGACCAAACGGAGGAAUUGUAACUUCACUCAAUCUUUUUGCUACACGCUUUGACCAGGUGAUGCACUUCAUAGAGAAGAAGCAGCAAAAUCACAGGUACAUACUGAUUGACACGCCGGGUCAAAUUGAGGUUUUCACCUGGUCAGCAUCUGGAACCAUCAUCACUGAGGCUCUGGCUUCAACUUUCCCUUGUGUUGUGGUCUAUGUGAUGGACACGCCACGCAGCGUCAAUCCCAUCACAUUCAUGUCUAAUAUGCUCUACGCCUGCAGUAUCCUUUACAAGACUAAGCUGCCAUUCAUUAUUGCCAUGAACAAGACAGAUAUCAUCAAUCACAGUUUUGCAUUGGAGUGGAUGCUGGACUUUGAGGUUUUUCAAGAUGCUCUUGAACAAGAAACUUCAUAUGUGAGCAACCUAAUGCGCUCCAUGAGUUUGGUGCUCGAGGAAUUUUACACCAACCUAAAGGUGGUGGGUGUGUCAGCAGUGACAGGAAGUGGAUUUGACAAGCUGUUGGAACAGGUUGAGGAUGCUGCCAAGGAAUAUGAGAGGGACUAUCUACCAGAAUAUGAAAGACUCCACAAUCAGCUGGCUCAGGUUCACCUAGAAAAGCAGCAACAGCAACUAGAGCAUCUCCGGAAGGACAUGGGAGCUGUCAACAUUUCAGGCUUAAUUGCGAAAGAAGAAUCCGAAAUUGCUGGACCCAGUGACAUCAUCAUGAGGCGUGGUACUCAAGAAAACACAGAAGAAACUGAUGAUAGUGACACGGAUGACAUUGACCACACUGCUACUGAAGAGAGCAAAGAAGGAAAUGCCUUCAGAAAUUUCCUGAAGGAGACAACGAAAGUAAUUCAGCACCAAACGAAGACGUCUCGGAUGCCUGAGGCACACUGAUUUCUGACCCCCUACAUCAUCAAUCUACACUGCAAACCGUGUAGCGGGAGAGACUUGGGUAGGUUAGGGACAGAUGAAAGCAGAUAAACCCAAAAAUUGGAUUUGAAAAAAAAAAAGUUUUCUUGUGUUUUUACAUGGACAGAUUUGCUAGCUGAAAUGGCACAUCAAUAUUAACUGGAAAAACUGACAGGAUUCCGUUCAUUAAUUGUCUUCUGUCGAUGCUUCUACAGUAGAAAAAAAUAUGUAGCCAAAAUGAGGGCAGUAACCAAAGACUUUCGGUACAUCUGUAUGAUCAUACUAGGGAUGGCUCAAUGGCUCUGAUACUCUAAUUUCAAUUUGAUACCUGAGCAUUCCCCUCGCGGAGAGCUGAAUCUUUAUCCGACAGUCGUCCCUGCUCAGCUAUGCUGAGAAUCCAAGAAGGCAAAGGGGGGGACUUAUUUUAGAUGGCUGAACCAUCAAUCCGGAGGUAUCCGAUUGAUAUCCACAUUGCCUGAUGCUCCAAGUUGCAGUAUCGGUAUCAGACAUGAAAAAACUUAUAUCGAGCCAUCCCUAGACCACCAAGUGCAACCCAAUUGUGACGUGACCUAAUCGUUGCUUACUAAGCACAUUCAGUUGCUGUACUAAAAUCUUAUAAAUGCAAAAAGAAAAAAAAAAAGCCACAUAGCAUGUCAUGUAAUAAAGAGACCAAUCGUAAAAUGAGUAAGCAACAUUAUUCAUUUCUAAGACAAAACCACAUUCUUACAAAUACUCUUAAAGUUUUUUUUUUUUUUUUUGAACUUUACUGUGGUUAUUCCCUUUAUUUAUCUAUAGACCACACUAAACUAAAAGUCAUCUUUCACACAAUUAGGUCCAUGCUGUGUGAACCGGUACAUACAGUUGGAAAACAAAGGAGAAAGCUAAGCAUAACCGAUUUGUUUUACCUGUGCUACAUUUCACCAACCACCUGAUGUUACCCUCCAUGACACACCCUGUAAUGUCGAUCCUGUCCAUGUGUCACAUAAUAAAAAUAUAUUUUUUAA